UUUUUAUGUUUACUUUGUUUAUUUGUUGAUUUUCCACCUGUAAACAAAAACCUAAGAAGUUGUAGGACAAAGGAGACUUAAGAGAGCUGAGUUUUCUUCCAGCAGCACAGGUGAGGAGGCGUUUUUACGCUCCUACUGCAGUGACGUCACCGUGUUGAAAGUUGAGGUGCUGUCCAGGGUGCUGAAUCCUGAUUCUGAGGCUGUGUGUGUGUGCGCGCGUGAGUGUGUGCUGUGGCGUGUGAACCUGCGGAGAACAUGAAAGGAUUGAAAUAAAGAUCUAAAACUUUCUUUUUAGGACGUUUAUUUAAAAGUUUGAAACUUUUUGUUCUUCCUGCUCGCCACCAUGGACCUGCUUCCGGCCCAGGAGGCCGCCAAGAUCUACCAUACCAACUACGUGAGAAACUCGCGGGCCAUCGGCGCCAUGUGGGCCGUGUUCACCAUCACCUUAGCCAUCAUCACCAUAGUGGUCUUCAUCCAGCCCUACUGGAUCGGCGACAGCGUCAACACGCCGCAGGCCGGCUACUUCGGCCUCUUCCACUACUGCAUCGGAAACGCCAUCACAUCGGAGCUCACCUGCAAGGGAAGCGUCUUCGACUUUAACUCCAUCCCGUCUCCAGCGUUCAGGACCGCCAUGUUCUUCGUGGGAACCUCCAUGCUGCUGGAGGUGGCCACCAUGGUCAGCUUCACCCUAUUCUUCUUCUGCAACGCCGGAAGCGUCUACAAGAUCUGUGCGUGGAUGCAGCUGGCCGCAGGUGUGUUGAUGGUGAUGGGCUGCAUGAUCUACCCAGACGGCUGGAACUCUGAAGAAGUGAAGAGGAUGUGUGGCCAGAGGACGGAUAAAUACAGCCUGGGAAACUGCACCAUACGCUGGGCCUACAUCCUGGCCAUCAUCAGCAUCCUGGAUGCCGUCCUGCUGGCUCUGCUGUCCUUCACCCUCGGCAACCGGCAGGACAGCCUGCUGCCAGAUGACUUUGAGGUGGAGGGAGAAAAAUCCUGAUGAAAUGUGGAAUCAUCCCAUCAUCUUCCAAACUUUGGUUUCCUCCACAUUUUAUGUCACCAAAUAAAUAAAUUCACAGUCCUCGUGUACUGAAAGAUGGGUCGGUUUUAUUGUAUGA